AUGCGGCUUGUUCAAAGACGUGACGUGAUUGGCCAAAAAAGGAGCCCGGAAGGCAUCAUCGGGACGGAAAGAAAAGGCAAAUUGAAGAUCACAACACUCCAUGGCAUCCAAUCGCCUAAUCCAUACAAUUCGUACAUUUUAAUAUUUUGA